AUGAAUGAAGAUCUAUUUUUACAAGUUUAUAGAAAUAUAUAUUUAAGAUUUUUAAUAUUUAAAAAUAUAAAAAAAAUAAAUAAGAAUCUUUUUUAUGAAAGAUUUAACUAUUACGAAUUAUCAAUAGAAUUUAUAAUAAAAAUAAAAAAUCAAGUAUUAUUAUCAAAUAAAGUUAAUGAUUUUUUAAAUUCCAAAAAUUUAUUGAUAAAUAAUAAUAAUAAUAAUAAAAACUUUAAUGAUGAUGAUGAAAUUAUAAAAUUUCAUUUAGAUUUUAAUUGGGAACAAUAUUUAAUGUUAUUAAAAUGGAAAGAAUUAGAUAUAGAUUUAUUUAAAAAAGUUUGUAUUACUUUUAAAUCAAGAUUAUUAGAAGGUAUUGAAAAAUGUGAAAAUAAUCAUUUAUUCAAGUUAAUACCAUUUAUAUCAAUUGAUAAAUUAAGGUGGUUAUUUAAUUGUGAUGAUCAAUUUUUUAAAAUUUUAUUAACAAAUGAUGAUAUUAUAGAAAUUUUAUUAAAUUCUUAUGAUAAUAAUAAUAUUAAUAAUAAUAAUAAUAAUAAUAAUAACAAUAAUAAUAAUAAUAAUAAUAAUAAUAAUAAUAAUAAUAAUAAUAAUAAUAAUAAUAACUCAAUAAAUGAAAUAAGGAAUGAAUUAUUUAAUUUGUUAAAUAAUGAUGCAUUUUUUAAAAGAAAUAAUGAAACAUUUAAUAAAAUUUGUAAAUUAAUUAAUGUAUCAAUUGAAAAUGAUGAUUUAAAUUUAGUAAAGAAAUUAUUUUCAAAAUUUAAAUUCAAAUUUAAAAAAGAUGAUUCAAGUAUUGUUGAAAUUUUUGGUGAAAGAAUUUCAUUAAAAGAAUUGGCAGAUAUAAUUAAUUUAAAAAUUUUUAAAACUAAUAAACAAAUGUUACCAUUAUUUAAAUUAAUGAAUGAAACUGUAUGGUUAGAAUUAAAAUUAUUUGCAAAUAAUAGACCAAUUAAUCCAUUUGAAGUUAACGAUCCAGAUUAUGCUGAUUAUAUUAUUGAAAUGUUAAAAAAGAAUAAUGUUCAAUUAAAUGAAUUUAAUAUAAACUCUUUUAAAACAACAAAAAAAAAUGAUAUCAUUAGAAAUCAAAUUUAUUUUAAACCAAAAUUAAUGGAAAAUGAUUAUUAUAAAUGUAAAAUUAUGAAUGAUAAUUUAAAGUAUUUUGAUGAUUAUUUAACCUCUUUUUCAUUAACAAUAAAUAAAAUAUCAGAUUUAAUAGAUCUUGGUUAUGAAAAUUUAGUUACUUAUAUAAUCAAUGAAAAGAUAGACAUUUUAAGACCUUCAGCAAUUUAUGAACCAUUAAAUAAUCAUAGUUGUAUUUUAUUAUUAAGAAAAUCUUUACCAAAUCAUAAACAUAUUGGAUAUCCAUAUCUUUUCAAACUAUUAUUACCAAUUUUAAAAAAUAAAUAUUUUUAUAAAACAACCUCACCUGAUAUCAAUGAAAUAUAUUUAGAUUUUCUUUGUGAUUUACCAAAACCAAUAGAGAAUAGAAAAAUAUUUUUAAAAAUGGUAUUAGAAUUUAAAGAUUAUUUUAAUAAUUAUAAAUUUCAAAAUUUUAAUGAUUUAGUAAAAUUAUCAAAGAAUAAAAAUAAUAAUAAUUAUAAUUAUAAUAAUAAUUUAUUAAAAAAUUUUAAUUCAAUUUGUAAUAUGAUUGGUGAGAAUUCAAUAAUUACAAGUUAUUUAUUAAAUAAUUUAAAAAAAUAUAAUGAAAUUGAAAAGGAUUUGGCAGUUUUAUUAUGUUCAAAAAAAUAUAAAAUCCCAAACAAAUAUAUAUUAAUUAAGAUUCCAUUAAAUUUAAAUGAAUUAUCAUCAAUUAUUGAAAAAUAUUUUAUUGAUGGUAAUAUUAAACAAUUAUUAUUCUUCAUUUCAAAUAUUUCAUUUUUUGAAAUUAAUUGUUCAACAUUAUUAAAUUGUUUAGCAAAACUUUUAUCUCAUUCAAAUUGUAUUGAAACUAAUCCAUUCUUUGAAUUAAUCUUUGGUUUAAAUCAAUUUAAAUAUUAUAAUAUUUUUAAAUUACUUUCAAAUGGUUUUGGUCAAAUAAAUUUAAAUGAACAACAAUUUAAAGGUAUGCCAUUGCCAUCAUCAUCAUCAUCACCAUCAGAUGAUAUAAUUUUAAAUAGUGAUAGACUUUAUGUAUUAUUUCAAAUUAUCAUAAUACCAUAUAUAAGUGAUUCAUUAUCUAAAAAAUUAAUUUCACAUUUUUCAAAUUUAGGUGGAUUAAAAUUAACUAUUUUCACUAAUGAAAAUAAAAUUUUAAUUGAUAAACUUUUAGAAGGUCAAUAUUUCCAAUCUUUAAAUAUUUUAGAAUUCUUAAAUCAUAAUAAUCCAAAUAAAAUUCCUUUAUGGGAAUCAUUUGGUUUAUUACCUUUUAUUAAAUUAGAAGAUUAUCAAAAUUUUAAUAAUAAUAAUAAUGAUGAUUAUGAUAAUGACUCUUUAUUUUCUAUUAAUUUUUAA